AUUAGUCUUAUUGAUACAUUGAAUCGUUCUUUCGUUUUUGAUCAUCUACUGUUUAUAAUUCUCUUCCAUUUCAUUGAAUAACAUGAGAAUAUCAAGAAUCUUCAUUAUAUUUAUUGUGGUUUUCAUUGCUGGUUAUCAAGCGGAGGAUUGUGGAAAUGGUGAACCCUGUGAUGUUGGCAAUACAUUUCUACAUUCAACAUAUUGCUGUAAAGAUCCUUCUGAUAAACCGGCAUGUUGUAAAGUAUUCCGUUGGUGGCCACUUGCUGUUACAAUAUGUGCUUCUGUUUUGGCGCUCAUUAUAAUCCUUAUCUGUUCAUGUUGUUACAAUGUCUUUAGUUGUUUAAUUGAUAUUUUAUGCUGUUGUUGUAGACGUUAGAAAAAAAAUUGGUCUACAUUUAUCGAGUUACUGUUUUCUCUAUUACUUCACUGAAUUACCUGAUUCUAUGUAUCUAUGCCUGCCUGCAUGUAUGUAUGUAUGUAUGUAUGUAUGUAUGUAUGUAUGUAUGUAUGUAUGUAUGUAUGUAUGUAUGUAUCUGUGUGUGUGUGUUUCAUGGAACCAUUGAUUUUUGAGAUUUCCUUUUUUUCAAAACAAAAUUCUAUUAUGUUUUAAUUGUUUGUUUUCAUUUAUUGUUAUAUUUACUCAAUGGAACAGAUAAAAUAUGAAUGUUUAUCUGUACAAUUAUUGAAUUGAGUUUUUAUAUGAACUAUUAAAUACAUUUGUCAUUGAAAA